AUUCAAUUUGACAUUCUGCUUUUUCUUUUCGCGGAAUUUGCUCGUGUGUACAUUUUUCCUCAUUUUCUCUGGCAAGUUCUCCACGGCCGGUCAGUGUUCCUCCUCGAAAGUAAUAUCCACACCACGUGAAAAUGGUCCUCUGUGCAGUUUCCCAGCGAGUUGUCACAAAUUAUCGCCACUUUAGGCACAGCAUUCCUGCCUCUCGCAUCCUCCUUGCGCACUAUUCAACACAGAGAAAAUCUGGAAAAGUGUAUGAAAGUGCUAUCGAUGCAGUGCAUGACAUCAAGGAUGGAGCUAAGCUUUUAGUGGGUGGUUUUGGACUCUGUGGCAUUCCUGAGAAUCUCAUAGCUGCCCUUCUCAAGAAGGAAGCCACCAAUUUCACCGUGGUGUCCAACAAUGCUGGAGUGGACAACUUCGGGCUGGGACUCUUGCUCCAAAAGCGCAAAAUUAAGCGAAUGAUUGCUUCCUAUGUUGGUGAGAAUGGAGAAUUUGAGAAGCAAUAUUUGGCGGGAGAUCUGGAAGUGGAACUCACACCACAAGGAACUCUUGCUGAAAGAAUCCGUGCUGGAGGAGCUGGUAUUCCAGCCUUCUUUACACCUACUGCCUAUGGGACAUUGAUCCACGAGGGAGGCUCACCGAUUAAGUAUACGAAAGAUGGAAAGGUGGAAGUUGCUAGUCAACCAAGACAAAGUCAGGCUUUCAAUGGGAAGCCCUAUAUUAUGGAAGAGGCAAUCACUGGUGAUUUUGCCCUCAUCAAAGGCUACAAAGCCGACGAAAUGGGAAAUUUAAUCUUCAACAAGUCCGCACGGAAUUUCAAUGCUCCCAUGUGCAAAGCAGCCAAGAUCACAAUUGCCGAAGUGGAAGAAAUUGUUCCUGUGGGAUCUCUGACACCGGAAAAUAUUCACAUUCCGGGGAUUUUUGUGCAUCGUAUUGUCAAGGGACCGUCCUUUGAGAAGAGAAUUGAAAAGCUCAAGGUACGAUCGGAAAAGGCAUCGGCAAUUGCUUCAACUCCGGCCGCGAAGAAUCGUGAGAGAAUUGCCAGGAGAGUAGCUUUAGAAUUCCGUGAUGGGAUGUUUGUUAAUCUUGGCAUUGGAAUUCCUGUUCUCUCGUCCAAUUACAUCCCCAAAGGGGUCAAUGUGAUGCUACAGUCAGAGAAUGGAAUCCUUGGUCUUGGACCUUUUCCCACAAAAGACCAAGUCGAUGCGGAUCUCAUCAAUGCCGGCAAAGAAACUGUUACCGUUGUGCCUGGAGCUUCGUAUUUUGGCUCAGAUGACAGUUUUGCCAUGAUCCGCGGUGGUCACAUCGAUAUAACCGUACUGGGAGCAAUGGAAGUGUCCCAGAAUGGUGAUCUUGCCAAUUGGAUGAUUCCGGGAAAGUUGGUGAAGGGCAUGGGAGGUGCUAUGGAUCUCGUAGCGGCUCCAGGAACUAAAACUAUUGUUACCAUGGAACACACAGCCAAGGAUGGCUCACACAAAAUUCUCAGCAAGUGCAAUUUACCUCUCACGGGCAAGAAUUGUGUGGACAUGAUUAUCACGGAAAAAUGUGUCUUCACCGUGGACGGUGAAAGAGGAUUGACACUCAUUGAACUGGCCGAUGGGGUGACCGUUGAGGACAUUGUUGCGUCAACUGGAGCAGAAUUCCAAGUAUCGGACAAUUUGCAGAAGAUGGGACAAGUCGAGGUGUAACUUCCAUAAAUGGAAGCCCAGUGUAAAUAUUUUGCAUUUUAAAAACCUCCCCUUUCCGGACUCUCCCACAAAAAUGUACAUUUCUACAGGAUUUUUUUUUCUUUUUGACUCAAUGAAUGUAAUAAAACACUCAUUUUUUUCGCAA